AUGCCUAAUGGGAGCCUUGAGAAGUGGUUGUACUCUGAUAACUUUUCGCUGAGUAUCCUGCAGAGGUUGAAUAUUUUGAUAGAUGUUGCAUUGGCAUUGGAAUACCUCCAUCAUGGUUACGAAACAACGAUUGUCCAUUGUGAUUUGAAGCCCAGCAACAUACUACUAGAUGAUGAUAUGGUUGCACAUGUUGCUGAUUUUGGCAUUGCAAAGCUCUUAGGUGGAGGAGCUUCUAUGUCUCAAACCACGACCUUAGCUACAAUUGGAUAUCUAUUAAUUGCCGAGUAUGGAAUGGGAGGAAUAGUUUCCAGAAGAGGGGAUGUGUAUAGUUUUGGUAUUAUACUGAUGGAAACAUUCACAAAAAGGAAGCCAACAGAUGACAUGUUUGUUGGACAAAUGAAUCUAAAGCAAUGGGUUGCAAAUUCAUUGCUUUCGGAUGCAAUAGUUGAAGUUGUGGAUUCCAAUUUAAUUGGGACGUCACAAGAAGAAGAUGAAGAUUUUGUGAGCAAGAGGUAUUGUUUGUCAUGCAUUAUGAAUUUAGCCAUGGCUUGUUGUGAAGAAUCACCAGAAAAUAGGAUGAAUAUACAAGAUGCUCUCUCCACACUCAAUAAAAUCAAAACAAAGUUUUUGAAAGACACUGCAGGAGGUAUGCUACCAAACGUCCUCUUGUUCAGCAGACGUUCCAUUGAGGAAUUCUAUAGCAUAUUUCAUGGCCUUUAA